GGCGAGUCCCGAUAAGAAGGUGGGAGUCUCCAGCAGCCAGCGCUCAGAAGUGAAAGUGAGACAAGUGACGAGAAGUCGUGUAAAGACAAAGAGAGGAGGCACAAAAGCCGCAGGACGCUGUCACAGGAAGCCAGGUGGAUCUCAAGAGCAACGGCAGCACGUCUCGAGCCGUUUUACAGCGACAACAAGUUGGUCGAGGUCGCGGGGCAAAUGCGCUGGAUCCGGUGACAGGCUCGACAGAAACACAGCCACCGACCGGAGAGACAUGGAGAAUGGGAAGAGCCGCCUGCAGCAGGCCCACGAGGAGGUGGAGGAGGUGAAGAUCAUCAUGCUGGACAACCUGAACAAGGCCGAUGAGAGAUCUGGCAAACUGGGCGAACUGGAGGACAGAGCUGAUCAGCUGCUGCAAAGUACUAAAACCUUUGAAAAGAGCACCAACCGGUUGAAGCAGCAGAAGAGAUGGGACAACAUGAAGAUGAAAAUAGUGCUGAUCGGCGUCGGAGUGGUGGCAGCAGCCAUUAUUGUCGGACUCAUAAUCUAUGCCAUUGUUGAUGCUUCACAGGGACAGUAGUUCCAUUGCUUGGCACUGAAGGAAAAUUGAGAUUUGGGGGCUAAAAGGACCUAAGCUGGACAGAGGCGAAAGCUACUGAGAAAAGAGAAAUGCAAAGUGAUUGGACUGGCCUGACAGGAGGAGGUUUCGAGCAUCUUGUUUGAACCUCUCGGUCUGGGCCGUGAGUGUUUCACAGCAUUUCUGGCUGCAUCAGUCCCACUCUGCGCUCCCGUGUAGGUCUUCAGUUGAUAUGGUACCACCGACAGCUCAGCUGCUUCUUCUGCCUUUAUUAUUGUUGUUAUUUUUUUUCAAAGGUUACGUCUCUGACCAGUUGGCAUCACACCAGUCCAAACCUGAGGAUGUUACUGCAGAAAGUACUUCUGUCUUGUGUGUCAUUAAGGAAAUUGUUUAACUAUAGGAAACACUGCUUGAAGGUCUUAGUGUUAAUGUAGCAUUCAUACAUUUAAAUGUCAUCACAGUCAAGGAAAAAAGACCACAGAGAAAAGAUGUUUUGACAGAGCAAAGCCACUCCACUGGUCUCCCUGUUCUCUGGAAGCUCACAAUCACAAUGGUUUCUUUCAAAACUGCAUUGAAAUGCUGAUUGCUGAAUCCUGUGCUUGACCCAGUUGUGUACAAAUGUUGCUGCUGACGAAUCUCUUGCAAGAUGUCUUAACAUAGAUGUUUUUGGUAUUUUGUAUCGUUUUAGUGUUCUAUCUUCAAAUGCUUUAUGACGUAGUCUUUUUUUUCUCACAGGUUUGGGUUAUUAUUCAACUCAAACUACCUAUUGUGUGUUGAAAACAAAAAAA